AUGAAAAAUGGAGAAUAUGUUCCCCGUGAUUGGCUUGUUUGGAGCAAAGUUAAACAAUCGAUAUUUUGUUUUCCUUGUCGCCUUUUUAGCAAACUACCAACAGCAAGUCGCUCACGUUUAACAACUAUAUCUGGGUAUUGUUUUCAAAGAAACUGGAAAAAAUUACAUGACAAAAUUCCAGAGCAUCAAAACAGCAGCAACCAUAAAUAUUGUUAUAUUAAAUGGCGGCUAUUGGAAAAAAGUAUUGACUCUAACUUCACUGUCGAUAGUAUGCUGCUGCAGACCAUUAAGAAUCAAGCAUCACAGUGGAAACAGGUUCUUCGCCAAAUUUUAGAUGUCACAUUGUUUCUAGCCAAACGAGGUUUGGGAUUUAAAGGAACAAGUGAUUUAGUUGGAGUUGCAGCAAAUGGCAAUUUUUUGGGCAUUUUAGAGCUCUUGAGUCAUUACGAUUUUGUCUUGAAAGACCAUCUGAACAAAGUGAUGAAGUCGCAGAAAUUGAAGAGAGGACAACAAUCAAAUUAUCUUUCACCGGAAAUACAAAAUGAGUUUGUAAAGUGUUGUGCCAAAAAAGUAUUAGACGUUAUUCUAAGUGAACGAGAAGCAGCAAAAUUUUACUCAAUACUUGUUGAUGCAACCCCUGAUUCAACACAUAUGGAGCAAACUGUAUUUAUAUUGCGUUAUGUUUAUUUAAAUGAAGAAAAUAGUCUCUACGAAGUUCAAGAGCGAUUUCUAGAGUUUGUUGACUGCAAUCAGAAAACGGGGAAAGCUAUUGCUGAAUUAAUUUGCAGUGUUAUUAAAAAACACAAUAUACCAAUGAUAGACUGUCGUGGUCAAGUUUAUGGCAACGGUAGCUACAUGAGCGGUCAAUAUAAAGGAGCACAAGCAGGGAUAAUUAAAGAGAAUCAAUUGGCAAUUUAUACUCCAUGUGCUUGUUAUAGCCUAAAUCUGUGUGGUGUCCAUGCCGCAGAGUGCUGUGCAGAGGUUAUAAACUUCUUCGGUGUUGUGCAAAAAACUUAUAACUUGUUCAGCUCAAGCCCGCAAAGAUGGCAAAUUUAA